AUGGGUUCUGGAAACGAAAGUGAAAAGGCAGUCUUAGAUGUAGGCCACGUUAAACUUGUGGACGAUCACACAUACAACAUCUUCACCCUGGUCUUUUACGUCGCUGUCAUGGGAACGGUCAGCUUCUUUGGCAUCAUCUUCAACGUAAUCAACAUGAUCGUUUUCAAGAAGCAAGGCUUUAAGGACAACGUUAACGUAACUCUAUUCGGCAUGGCCCUUUCUGAUAUGGGAGCUCUAAUAUCACUUCUGUGGAUGAGCAUCUGUUUUAACCCCUGGCUUCUCGAUGCUGAUGUGCCUUUUGACAAUGAAGAGAUUGAAUACGUGACAGCAGGAUGGCCUCACGCUUGUUUCACACGCAUCACUGGUUGGAUCACAGCCUUCGUCACGUUUGAGAGGUGUCUGUGUAUCGCUAUGCCUCUCAAAGUGAAGACGAUCAUAACCCCGAGACGUACAUCUUUCGUGGUACUUUUCAUAUACUUCCUCAUGAUUUCUGGCGUUGGAGUAGCAUGUUAUGCAAUGCGUCUUGGGCCAAAGUUUUUUCCAAGUAAAAAUGUGACGAAGAUAGGGUUAAUUUACAUACCUAACGGAGUCUACAUUGAGAACGUGGGAGUUAUGGUCAAUCUUAUACCUCAAUAUGUGUCUUUCUUGGUCGUUAUUGUCUGCACUAUCAUUCUUGUUCGAAAUCUUAAGCUGAAAUCUAAAUGGCGCCAGUCCACGUCAAGUUCUGCGAAGCAAGACUCUUUAUCGAAUAGAGACAAAAAAGUGGUGUCCAUGAUUACUCUGAUCUCUAGCAUAUUCAUGGGUUGUUUUUUACCUAGUGCUCUCAACCAGAUCAUAAUGAUUGCCUCUGAGGACUAUAGCAUAUACGGUAAAUAUAAGAACAUGUUUUUGCUAUCAUGGUCCAUUUGUAAAUCCUUGGAGGGUACGAAUUCCGCUGUAAACAUAUUUGUGUAUUACAAUAUGAGCUCCAAAUACAAAUUGAUCCUAGACGAGAUGCUCCACAUAAAUAGAGGGGAAACAGGGAACAAGACGGGAACGGGGAAGCCAUAA